AUGAAGCUCCUUACCCUAAACUUCCUCACCUGCGCACGCAAGACUUGCAAAUCCACCGCAGCAGCAUUCCCUCUCCACCCGAAAGAGGCCGAACUCGAACAAAUCGAGAUUGAUCUAAACCCGCUCUUCAUCACGAACAUGCUGCCGAGAUUAGAUUGGGAGGCUAUGAAGACUCUUACACAAGAACUCGGACUUCCAAAUCUUCCAGCGGAGAUACCCUCCGCAGAAGAAUUGCAGACGGAAGAAGGAGAGCCCUCUCAGACGCUCAAGGAUCUGCAUACUUUACUCAUGGAGACGAGCAUUGCACAGGGAAAGUUGGCUUGUGGGAAUUGUGGCCAUGAGUAUGCUGUGAAGGAGGGAAUUGCGAACUUUUUGUUGCCGAGUCAUAUGGUGUGA